UGUCUCUGUGUCGCUCUCUGUCUCUGUAUCUUUGUCUCUGUCACUGUGUGUGUGUCUCUCUGUCUGUCUCUGUGUCUCUCUGUGUGUCUCUGUCUCUGUCUGUCUCUCUCCACCCCCCUGCCCUUCCUUCUUGCUGUCUUUGUCUCUUUUAAAGAUUUGAGCCCAAGUGCAAACGAGCUUGAGUUCGGGUGCACCCCGCGGGGCAGCGCUGAAGCCCGGGGCCGCUCAGGGAAUCUUCGGGUAAAACUGCCAGGAUCUCCAGGAGCCUUGGUGGGGGCGGGGGGCGGGGAGGAGGGCAGGAAAGAGAGGAGAAGGGGGAAAGCGGGAGUGGAGAGGGGUAAGGACCCGUGGUCAAGGGGCCCACUGAGAGCGUCGGGCCGCCCCCGGCGCCGGUUCGGUUCGGUUCGGCCCCAAACCCGCCCUCCCCGACUUGAGGACCAGCGGGCGGUUCUGGGCAGAGAGAGCGGUCCCUGGCAGGUCGGACGUGGGGCUUCUCUCCCGGCCCGUCCACUCCAUGGUUCAGAGAGUCUGACCCGGGCAAAGACUUGGGAUGGAGAGCCCGAGGCCCGGCUCCCGCUGCCUCCCCGCCCUCCCCCGGGGUUCCGUCUUCUCCGGGCUUUCCCGGCGCGACUUUCCAAGGUCUCGGGGCUGGCGGCGCUCUCGGGCCCGGGGAGCCCAUUCUCCUUCCCAGGCGGGGAGCAGCUCUGGCUCGGUCCUUCUCCCCGCCCUCAUCCCCAGCUACUGGGCUGGGGCGGGAGCGGUGAGGGUGGGGAAUGGCCCUACACAGGCCGCGAUAGGUGGGGCCCUUUAGCUCUGCCUCCAGCUUCCAGUAUAUAGUGUCGCAGCGGGAGUGUGCUGCAGUGCCCGCAGGCGGGGAGCAGGUGCGGCAGCCAUGGCCAGCAGCGACCAGGAGCCGGCGGGCAGCAGAGGCCAAAGGCCCCGGAGCGCCGCGCCCAGGAAGCGGCGGUAUUUGUCCCGAGCCUUAACUAUGAUCUUGGUCCUAGCGUGGAUCCCGGCCCCGGCCAGGGCGCAGGACAUGACAACGUCGGAGUCAACCCUGAGAUCUACUGGGAAGGACCCAGGGCCAGAGGUGACCUGUGACCCUGAGGGGGAGUACAGACAUGGGACUCUCUGCUGCUUGCGCUGCCCUCCUGGCACCUGGGCCAUCCAGCCCUGCGAUGCCCAGAGCGCUUUGGGAAUCUGUGCCGAAUGCCCGCUUGGACAAUACGCGCAAGACAACCGCUGCUGGCCCUGCACCCGCUGCAGGGAAGACCAAGAGAUGCUGUUUCCAUGUUACAGCGAGAGCGACAUCCAGUGCAGAUGUAAAGCUGGACACUAUUGUGAGGGGCCGGAGUGUGCCGUGUGCCGGCCCUGCAGGACAAGCUGCCCAGAGGGAGAAGAGCUUCUGCAAGGAUGCACGGACACAGCUGACAUAGUGUGUGGGGCCCCUAUAACAGGAGGCCCCGACAUGUCAUGGCUUUGGCCGAUUCUGAUUGUGUUUCUGGUCCUCGUUCUCAUCAUUUGGGGAGUCGGGAAGUGUAGGUGUUCAAGGGCAAGGUCAGGAAGUUCCUCCAAGACCCUCCACAGCAUCUGAAGGAGCUGCAGGGCAGCCUUUGCUGACUCAGGGGUUGGGGACCGAGGAUGAGAUAAGUUGGAGGCAGAGGGGAGAGGAGGAAAGUCAGAGAACAGCAGCGGCCUCCCAGUCUCCUUGUCUCAGCCCCUCACAAGAGGGGAUCCAUCCUGGGUUGGAUAUUCAGCGGCCACUGUCCAAUGGCUCCCAUGUAUUCCAACAGCCCCCGUGUGUUCUGGGCCGUUCCCCAGCUCCUGAAGGAGAACCCCAGAGGGAGGAGGCCUGAGGACUGAAUGGGGGUCACAGGGUAGCACUUUGACCUUCCUUUUCCCUCCCCAUUUUGCUUUGAUUUUUCUUGUGCCUCCAUGAAUGUUUACAAGAACUGCUGAGACCCCGCCAGCGGCACCAUGGGGUCCUGCUGCCCCUCCCAAAGUCCUCCCUGGUGCUGCAAGUUUGAGACGGGCUGGGAUUUUCUAUUGGUCCCACAGCGAGCUGCUGGGUCCCAGCUAUUCCUCCCCCCCGCCCCAAACAUUUCCCCUUUGCUCUGUGUUGCCUUUUUCCCUCCAGCCUUAACCAAGUGCUUCUGGAGGGUUUUACCUCAAAAGGCCCAAAGAGCAAUAGUGUGCAAUUGAAUGUACUAUAGUAUUCAUUGGAUUAUUUGUGCAGUCAAAUAUGUGAAUGUCAGUGUUUUCACGUUCAUUGCUUUGCAAUCAUUUUUCUUAUUUCCAAAUGAGGCCCUUUGUGUUCCCGGCCCUCGGUGCACGCUCUCUGGCCUCCCUCCCCGUCCCUCUGCUUGUGCUCGUUAUUUCUGUACCAGCCGCUCGCCGGGCCCGGCAGCCGUGGGGGUGCCGACGAUGGCUCGGAAUCGAUGACGUUCCCACCACAGCCCCCUGCUCGCCACGCGCUGCGGCCCGGCCGGCCCCGGGUGCAGGUGCUGAGCAGGGCCGCUGUUCUCCCUGUUCGGAGACUGGAGGCUCACGAGACGUCCCCCCCACUUCCCGUGGCUGAAGGAGUGUUAGGGGAAGUGAAGGCACGUGGCCAAGCCUGGCCCUGAACUGGCCUCAAUCGUGGGUCCCGGGACGUCUGUUAGCGCAAGGAGGGGACGCCGUGGGGAGGCCCCCUGCAAUCCUCCUGCGGGUCCUUUCUUACGCAGGAGCAGCGUCCGCUCACACUCCUACCCCAUCCCUCAGCCAGCCCUCCCCGAAAGCCCUUCGCUCUCUGGUUCCCAUCCAGCCCCGGGCUAAGGCGCCCGGUUCUUCCUCGGUACUUCUCGGUUCCCGUUCACUUGAAGCACCGGAGACCCCGGAAUCCCGCUCAGGACCAGGCUUUGCCCGCUCUGAUUUCCCGAAUCCCACGCUCCCAGAUCUCACGGGCUCGUGCCCAGCUAAGCCCCAGCCCAGGGUCACGGGGUCUUCCUUGUAAACACCCUGCGGAAUGAGUCGUCUGACCUGCUUCUGGGGCCUGGAUCAGCCACUGGAUGCUCCCACCACGGCACCGCCCCCUCCCCGGAAUGCUCAGCGCUGCGCCCAUCCUCAGCGGGAAGCAGGAAGAUGAGACCGUCGGCCCUAGUGGACUUUGAGCCCCACUGAUUUGGGAGGAACUGAGAAUGACUGCAAAUGCUGGGGGGGGAGGGGCCCUUUCUCUGUGCCUUUAGGAUAUAGGAUGAAAAAUGGUGGCUUUUGUUUCCCUGAUAGCUGGAUUCCUAUAAAAGUCUCUGAAUUAA